UACAAAAACACAGCAUUUGCUGUGAUCAAUUUAUUUGUGAAAAAGAGAGAAUUAAAUGGGAAAACCAUUUAAAGCUCCAGAUAAUCGGUUUGCAUUCAACGAAGAGGCCUAAUUAAAUUCAAUUUAAUUAAGCUGAACAGAGUUGAACAAUUAAAAUGCAAACACAAUUAAACCAAAUGAAUCGAGUGAUGAUGGAAGUGAUUGAAAAAAGUGCAAAGAAAAAUUGAAAUGUAAACACAAUUGAAACAGAUACGAAAAUUAAACACAUAUAUUGUUUGCACUCAUCUCAAUGCUUUUGUUCUGCCUGCAGUAAAUACCGCAUAAUUCAUUUGCCAAAACAACAUACACCAAAAAGUAAAUAAAUAAUAAAUCGAAGUGAACGUGAUACGUCCUCAACCCAAUUAGGAGUUUAAAAUAUAUAAAUAGAAGCUGUCCAAAAAUGCGUCGCAACAUUAAAUUGAUCGUUUUCGUGAGCAUCAUUUGGAUGUUCGUGAUGGUCUACUAUUUCCAGACCAGUACGGAAAAGGUGGAAAAUCGAGCGCUGCGGCUACGUGAGGUGGCCACCGCCAUGCAGCAGUACCAGGAUGACUCCUCCUCGGCGGCCGCAGCCUCUACCGCCCGCCAGUGGCCGCCAGCUGGCGGAGGGGGUGGGGGAGCGGGAGCGGUGGCAGGAGCAGCUGGCAGCGGAGCAGACGAUCCCGGCGGCAAUGUCAUUCUUAUCGGGUCUGUCAAGGACUUUGAACGCAACGCCGUCCACGGCCUCAAGUUGCACGGCAUUGUGGCUCUGGAGGAGACAUCGCAGGGUCUCACUGGGGGAACAGGUGGACCUGGUGGUCGAGUACCAGUGGCUCCCAGUGGGCGUGGCACCGAAGUGGAGUACUUCAAUGAGGCGGGCUACAUUCGAGCGGGAGCCCUGCGCAAUGGCGAAGAUCCCUAUAUCAGAAAUCGAUUCAAUCAGGAGGCCAGCGAUGCUCUGCCCAGUAAUCGGGACAUACCCGACACUAGAAAUCCCAUGUGCCGAACCAAAAAAUAUCGCGAAGAUCUGCCCGAAACGAGUGUCAUCAUCACCUUCCACAAUGAGGCCAGAUCUACAUUGCUUCGAACCAUUGUCAGUGUCCUUAAUCGCAGUCCCGAGCACUUGAUACGCGAAAUUGUCCUCGUUGAUGACUACAGUGAUCAUCCUGAGGAUGGUCUGGAGCUGGCGAAGAUCGACAAGGUGCGUAUAAUUCGCAACGACAAGCGCGAGGGUUUGGUGAGGUCAAGGGUCAAGGGAGCGGAUGCGGCGGUGAGCAGUGUGCUGACCUUCCUCGACAGCCACGUAGAGUGCAACGAGAUGUGGCUGGAACCGCUGCUGGAACGCGUUCGCGAGGAUCCCAGUCGAGUGGUUUGUCCCGUCAUUGAUGUGAUCAGCAUGGACAACUUCCAGUAUAUCGGAGCCUCGGCCGAUUUGCGUGGCGGUUUCGAUUGGAAUCUGAUCUUCAAGUGGGAGUACCUCAGUCCAUCGGAGCGGGCGAUGCGCCACAAUGACCCCACCACGGCCAUAAGGACGCCGAUGAUUGCCGGCGGGCUGUUCGUCAUCGACAAGGCCUAUUUCAACAAACUUGGCAAAUACGACAUGAAAAUGGACGUGUGGGGCGGCGAGAAUCUGGAGAUCUCGUUCCGCGUCUGGCAGUGCGGAGGCAGCCUGGAAAUCAUUCCCUGCAGCCGCGUGGGUCACGUCUUCCGCAAACGCCAUCCGUACACCUUCCCCGGCGGAAGCGGCAACGUCUUCGCCCGGAAUACGCGACGUGCCGCGGAGGUCUGGAUGGAUGACUACAAGCAGCACUACUACAACGCCGUGCCCCUCGCCAAGAACAUUCCCUUCGGCAACAUUGAUGACCGUCUGGCUUUGAAGGAGAAAUUGCAUUGCAAGCCUUUCAAAUGGUAUCUGGAGAAUGUCUAUCCCGACCUGCAGGCCCCCGACCCACAGGAGGUUGGCCAAUUCCGACAGGAUAGCACCGAGUGCCUGGACACGAUGGGCCACUUAAUCGACGGCACUGUGGGAAUCUUUCCGUGCCACAACACGGGCGGCAAUCAGGAGUGGGCCUUCUCGAAGCGCGGCGAGAUCAAGCACGACGACCUCUGCCUGACCCUGGUGACCUUUGCCCGGGGGUCACAGGUGGUGCUGAAGGCGUGCGACGAUUCCGAAAAUCAGCGCUGGAUCAUGCGGGAGGGCGGUCUGGUGCGGCACUACAAGAUCAACGUGUGCCUGGACUCCAGGGAUCAAUCGCAGCAGGGCGUGAGUGCCCAGCACUGCAACUCGGCACUGGGAACUCAGCGCUGGUCCUUUGGUAAAUACGCGUGAGAAAGAGGUCUUGGUUUUGGACUAAGCAAACUAAACUAGAGAAGGAUAAUGCAGAUCGGUCGUGAUAUAUGUGCAAGUUGAUGGGAGAGAAAAGCUAACCUAACGCGAUGCGGAUUGUAUGUGUACUGUACUGUGUACUUGUAAUGAUUUAUCCAUGUUGAUUUGUUGCUGAACGGAAAACAAAACACACACUCAAACACACAUUAUAUAUUAACUGCAUAUAUAUAUGAAAUAAGUUCAACCUUAGUUUAAACUCAAAUCAACAAAAACCAACAUUAGGGGCAUACAAAAAAUGUACUUAGACUGAUUAAUUUUUUGUAUAUGUAUAAAAACGUAUAUGAAAAUGAAAUAAUACUAUAAUAUAUAAAAACUUUGGCAGCUGAAAAAAAAACGAAAAAACAAACAAACCGAACUGUAAUUAAUUUGCAUUCUCACACAGCACACACACAUUAAUUUAAGUCAAUUAAGACCUAUACGAAAAUGCCACAAAUUAGUAUUCACAUAUGGUCCGUUUCAAAUACCUAAAUACCCAAGCUCAGAGUCUUCUCAACCUUGUACUUAAAAUUAAACAUGAAAUGUUAUCAUUAGUUCUAAUUAUACACCUAAGUGAAAAUCAUUUAAAAUCAUUGAUUGACAACUAUAUAUGAAAUAUGUAUGUGUAUAUAUUGAGAAACAAAUAUUAUUUAAAUGUUUAUUGAUGGCCAAAAACAAGG